GGGAGGAGUCGCCUCGGUCGCCAACGCCGCCGCCGCCAGUCUGCAGAAGCAAGGUUGGGAGAGGAGCUUUCCCUUGCUGCCAACACCUCUUCUUUCUUCUGGUAUAUAUUGGAGUUAUCCAGAAGCCUCUGGGUUCUUCUCUGGUGGAACUGUUGCCAUGGAGACCUCCUGAGAUGCUGCUUUUCCCACUGGCUUCCAAUUUACCUUCCAGAUAGAGGGCUGGACAUGGCUACAGGGAGCAGAUCAAGCCCGUCGCUACCACAGGGGGCUGGGCCAGUCAUGGAGGGGGAGCCACGUGUGCCCACAGGCCGGGAUAUGGUGGAGGCCAACCGCUUCGCCUAUGCCGCCCUAUGUACCAUCUCUCUGUCCCAGCUAUUCCCAGAACCUGAGGAAAGCUCUUUCUGCACAGAGUUUGUAGCAGGCCUGGUGAAGUGGCUGGACUUAUCUGAAGCCGUCUUGCCAACCAUGACUGCCUUUGCCAGUGGCCUUGGAGGAGAAGGAGUGGACGUGUUUGUUCAGAUUUUAUUGAAGGACCCCAUCUUGAAGGAAGACCCUAUGAUAAUCACCCAGGACCUCCUGAGCUUCGCACUCAAGGAUGGACACUAUGAUGCACGGGCCCGCGUCCUCAUCUGCCACGUGAGCUCCCUCCUCCGAGUGCCCUUGGGGGAGCUGGAUGUCCUUGAAGAAACGUUCCUUGAGAGCCUGAAAGAAACCAAAGAGGAGGAAUCUGAGACGGCUGAAGCAUCCCGGAAGAAGAAAGAAAACCGCAGGAAAUGGAAGCGUUACCUCCUGAUAGGCCUGGCGACUGUCGGAGGCGGGACAGUGAUCGGCGUCACCGGAGGGCUGGCUGCCCCUCUUGUUGCAGCCGGAGCUGCGACGAUCAUCGGCAGUGCUGGGGCAGCGGCUCUGGGCUCAGUGGCCGGCAUCGCCGUCAUGACCUCACUGUUCGGUGCAGCGGGAGCCGGCCUGACAGGAUAUAAGAUGAAGAAGCGUGUGGGGGCCAUUGAAGAGUUCACGUUUCUGCCUCUGACUGAGGGCAGGCAGCUUCACAUCACCAUCGCCAUCACGGGCUGGCUGGCGUCUGGCAAAUACCGCACCUUCAGCGCCCCUUGGGCUGCCCUGGCCCGCAGCCGUGAGCAGUACUGCCUGGCCUGGGAGGCCAAGUACCUGAUGGAGCUCGGCAACGCCCUGGAGACUAUCCUCAGUGGUCUUGCCAACAUGGUGGCCCAGGAGGCCCUGAAGUACACGGUGUUGUCUGGCAUCGUGGCUGCCCUGACCUGGCCAGCUUCGCUCCUCGCUGUCGCCAACGUCAUCGACAACCCCUGGGGGGUGUGCCUCCAUCGGUCGGCAGAGGUUGGCAAGCACCUGGCCCACAUCCUGCUCUCCCGGCAGCAGGGUCGGCGACCCGUCACCUUGAUUGGCUUCAGCCUGGGAGCCAGAGUCAUCUACUUCUGUCUGCAAGAAAUGGCUCAGGAGAAGGAUUGCCAAGGGAUCAUCGAGGACGUGGUCCUGCUAGGUGCGCCCGUGGAGGGAGACGCCAAGCACUGGGAGCCUUUCCGGAAGGUGGUGUCUGGAAGGAUCAUCAAUGGCUACAGCAGGGGCGACUGGCUGCUGAGCUUUGUGUACCGCACGUCCUCCGUGCAGCUGCACGUGGCCGGCCUGCAGCCCGUGAUGCUGCAGGACAGGAGGGUGGAGAACGUGGACCUGUCCUCCGUUGUCAGUGGCCACUUAGACUAUGCCAAGCAGAUGGAUGUCAUCCUGAAGUCCAUAGGCAUCCGCACCAAGCCAGGCUGGGAUGAGAAGGGACUCUUGUUGGCCCCCAGCAGCCUGCCCCAAGAGGAACCUCACCAAACAGCAGCCACCUCCUCAUCAGAUAAGAUCACCCACCAGGACGCGCAAACCCUGGGUCCCGCACCUGGAGAUACUCCUCAAAUGGAUACAUCUACUGAAGCCAGCCAAGCUCAGGUGCCAACGGGGCUGGGCCAACCUGAAGGGGCCUCCCUUCCUGCUGCUGCCAGCCCCAGCGAGAGCCCCCAGAUCUGCAGCCAUGGCAUAGGCACCAACCCCUUGGGCUGCCCCGACUGUACCAGCCAGGCCCAAGGACGCUGCACAGAGCAGGACUGACCCCAGAGGGGACUUGAACCAUUCCCAGAUUUCUAUCUGCAGAGCUCCCGCCCCUCCAGCAGGCUCCCCAUGUGAGCCCCGGAGGUACAGGAUUCCCAUCAGUGCCUUUCCCACCAGUUGAAAGCACUGGGGCUGAAAAGAAAGGACUUGGAAGGAGAGGCGAUGGCAGGGAGACGGUGUUUCCUCCUGUGGGCAACAAGGUCAGAGCCCUGCACAGUCAGCCAAGCACAGUUUAGAGCCCCGAUAUGCUAAGCCAACCUUUGGGCUUCCUGUACUUAAGGUCACAACUGCGGGGUCUGGCUGUCCAUCAGGAGAGCCAAGGGCGCUGAGGUCCCACCCCAGCACUCUCUCUGCCUUUCUCUGCCGGUGGCAUCAGCAAAGCAGGUGUCUGACUGCUCCUCCACACUCCAGGGCUGCCCACCAACCCUCAGACACCACUGAGGCACCCCAGAGCUGGUGCAGCAGGGAGUGGGGAGCUCACUCUGCUGUUGGGAGAGAGAGCCAGUCAGGUCUGCCACAUGCAGCCACACAGGCUGUGCGCUGCACAACCACGGGGCACCGGGCAUGUGGACACAAUGUAAAUGGCCCUGCCCAACUGUGUUACACGGUGUCCGCAGGCAUAAUUGUAACAGCGGAGUGAAUAAAUGCUGAAUAAGCAUGAGGUGUGGGCGGGACUGGGCUUGGUGACAAGACUGAAUUAUACCUGGGGAAGGAUUUCUGGUAGCAGGAACAGAGGUGACGAUGAUGGCUACAAUAGUAAUAGCUGCAUUUUAGUAUUUACCGUGUACAGAUGCUUCCGUGGAUUGUCUCAGCGGAUGGCCACAACCUAUCGGGUGGGUAAUAUUGUCUUCAUUUUACACUUGAGGUUGCUGAAGCCCAGAGAGGUUGGGUAAGCUGCUCAAGGUCACACAGCUGGUCCGUCUCAAACUCCAGUCAGCGGGACUCGACAGCCCUGUCUGUGCUUGUGUCGUGGGAACCUUCCCUGUACUCCUCCUGCUGUUGCUCAAUGACAGGGCCAGAGAAUUCUCCCCCGCCAUGUAGAUGGGGAAGCGAAGGCCCAGGCAGGGAAACCACUCACAAGCUCUGGAGGAGGGAGCCAGGAGGGAGAGAGGCAGGAGAAAUUCGAGUGUUGGGGUUGAACUGGUCUUGGGACAGUAUUUGUGUGCCUUUCUUCACUUAACACAUUUACAGAGCACCUGCUGUUAUUAGUCCAAACAGCUCAUGUGACCCACAGAAAACGGAGUCCCCAAAGCAAAUUAAGGCCAGAGUCUGGAUCAGAACCCAGGACACUGAGCCCAGGGUCUCUUUUCACUUCGCCUGAGUGGCUCCCCAAAUGAAUCCAAAACAUGGUCAUUGCCUCGGGUUUUUUAUUAAGAGUUCACUUGGGCAGGUCUGGGGGCAUCAGGGAGCCCCAACAAGCACCUUGGCCCCUCUGCAGCCAGCGGCCAGGGCCAGAGUCGACUCUAAUCAGCACCAAGGAGAGCGGCAGGCCACUGCAGGAGGGGCCUUGGGAGUCUGGAUGAGGACAAUUGGUUGGGGGAGCAGAGGAGGGAAUACUAAGGAAAAACUCAAGUUGAAAAGAAAUAUACAGCAGGUCAUCUGUGGAGACCAAGAGGUCACCCUCAAAAAAAAAAAGGCCCCUUUCCUGUUUCCCUCACUGGCCUCAAGGAAGGCCAGAAGGAGCGGGGCAGGACUGGUGUGAUCCCCUUCAGCUGUCCCCUUCUCGGCCCAAGGAAGCCCAGGAUGUUGGAAAACCACCAGCCACCCCUCAUCCCCCAGGAAAGGCUUUGCAACUGGCUGGGAGCCCCGAGGGGGGUCCACCAGCGUCCAGAGCAAGGAGUUAGGGAGCCGGCAUCAGGCUGUGGGAUCUGUGAUGGGGUUGAAGAGAAGGUGGAAGAUGGAAAAAGCAGUGGAGACAGAUCGCCUUUCCUCACCCACAGCCAGAGGCCGGGAGCUGGGUGGUCACGAGUUAUAAUGACAGUAGGGACCCUGUCCUGGCCACAUGCCCCAUACUGGGCCUCCUGUGCACAUGCCUUCUGUACAGUGGCUCCUAAGAGGCAGCCGUUGUAACCCCAUUUUGCAAGUGGAAUAACAGGAUCGGAGAGGUUCAGUUAUCUGUGCAAGAGCUACUAAGUAAUGGAAUAGAAACUCGGAUUGAUGCCUGCCUGACUCCCGGCUCAGGCGCUCUUCUGCAUAUGCCCUGAGGGCCUGGCCGCUCCAAAAUCUGUCCAGCAAACCAGCCUCAGGGUUCAAGAUCAUCUAAGCCAACACCUCUCCAGUUGUAAUGUGCACAUGACUCCCCAGGUGCUUGCUAACACACAGAUCCUGCCUCGGCAGGUGUGGGCAGGGCAGGUGUGUGUUCUUACCAGACUCCCAGGUGGUGACACUGAUGUGGUGGCCCAAGAGCUACACUUUGAGGAGCACUUAAUCCAGCUCUGCAGAUGCAGGCAUUUCCCCCCUCCCCACCUUGUGCAAAGGAUAGGAUCAUCUUCAUCUUAAUCAGAACCAAGAGGUCCUUUUCCCCAGCCCCACGGUCCUCUGACCAUCCUCUCCACACAUCCACAAGUCACACUCAAUAACGGGGCACCCUGGAGGAAACCAUAUCUGAGCUGCCUAUUAUCCAUCCCUAUAGCA